CCGACUCAGCUUCAUUCCGAGCUGUUUCUGUUUGUUUCCUGCCUUUUUAUACAUUAAGAUGUCUUUUGACACAAUACCAAAGGAUUUGAGAGGUCUGCGUGCCUGCCUGGUGUGCUCACUUGUUAAGAGCUUCGAUCAAUUUGAGACGGACGGUUGUGAAAACUGUGAAGAAUUUUUACGCAUGAAAAAUAACAAAGAUAAUGUUUACGAUCAUACAAGCAACAAUUUCGAUGGCAUUAUCGCAUUAACAACCCCCACAGACUCCUGGGUGGCGAAAUGGCAGCGGUUAGCACGCUUCACGCGGGGCAUUUAUGCCAUCUCCGUCUCGGGUACACUGCCACAGUCAACUAUACGGGACAUGAAAAACAGAGGAAUUGCGUACAAGACUCGCGACAGAAGUCAGCGCUAAAGAGCCCCUUGAGUGUAUAAAAUAUGUGAAAUUUAUUUCAAGUAAUGAAACCACGAAUACAUACAAUACUAAUAAAAAUACAGUUUAAGUUCAA